CCCUGCCAUUGGCACCGCCAGCCGGCAAUGUACAUCUCCCACCCCCUCACCCCUCGGGGGGAAAGAGCCACAUGGGGAAGGGACUUUUAAUCCCACCGCGCCCGCGGCUGAACGCACGUCGGAGCCGGCCAGGCGACGUCGCCGCUCCCUUCCAGCCCACUGCGCCGCCUCUCUGCGCCCAGCCCAGCCCCGCCAGGCGGGCGCGGGCGCUUAGCUUUAACCCUUCGUCUCCUGCCGCUGCCUUCGUUUCCUUCACCGCCCGCACAGCGGCUUGGCCGAACCGGCGACGAAGCUGCUCGGCGCCCUGCUGUGCCCGGGGCGGGUGGCGUAGAGGGCAGCAGCAGCAGCAGCAGCGACGAGGCUGCAGCGCGCUCCUCCCCUUCCCAACCCGGCGGCAGCAGAAGGAGGGCGCACGGCACAGACAUGGCGGCCAACAUGUACCGAGUGGGAGAUUAUGUUUUUUUUGAAAAUUCUUCAAGCAACCCAUAUCUGAUCAGGCGAAUUGAAGAACUUAAUAAGACAGCCAAUGGCAAUGUGGAAGCAAAAGUAGUAUGUUUUUACAGACGUCGAGACAUUUCCAACAGCCUCAUUAUGCUUGCAGAUAAGCAUGCAAAAGAAGUCGAAGAAGAAUGUGAAGUUUCUAAGGAAGUAGAUUUGACUGAUAAACAGAAACAUCAGUUGAAACACAGGGAGCUGUUUCUGUCUCGCCAGUAUGAGUCUCUUCCUGCAACACACAUCAGGGGGAAAUGCAGCGUUGCGCUUUUGAAUGAAACAGAAUCUGUAUUGUCGUAUCUUGCUAAAGAGGAUACUUUCUUCUAUUCACUGGUAUAUGAUCCUUCACUGAAAACGCUCCUAGCUGAUAAAGGAGAAAUCCGAGUAGGACCCAGGUAUCAAGCAGAUGUACCAGAUAUGCUUACAGAAGGACAAACAGAUGACCGGGAACAGGCAAAGCUUGAAGUAAAAGUAUGGGAUCCUGAUACCCAUCUCACUGAUCAUCAGAUUGACCAGUUUUUAGUAGUAGCACGUGCGGUUGGUACAUUUGCUCGAGCUUUGGACUGCAGUAGUUCUGUCAGACAACCUAGUUUACACAUGAGUGCAGCUGCUGCUUCCCGUGACAUCACACUGUUUCAUGCAAUGGAUACCUUGCACAAGCACAGUUAUGAUCUCAGCAGUGCCAUUAGUGUCUUGGUUCCAUUGGGAGGACCUGUUCUUUGUAGAGAUGAAAUGGAAGAAUGGUCUGCUUCAGAGGCUAGCUUGUUCGAAGAAGCCCUAGAAAAAUAUGGCAAAGACUUCAAUGACAUACGGCAAGACUUUCUUCCUUGGAAGUCUCUGACUAGCAUCAUUGAGUACUAUUAUAUGUGGAAAACUACAGACAGAUACAUACAGCAGAAGCGUCUAAAAGCUGCUGAAGCAGAGAGCAAAUUGAAGCAAGUUUACAUACCAACUUACAACAAGCCAAAUCCUAGCCAAAUAUCUAGCAUCAAUGGGAAGCCAAAUGCCAUGAAUGGAGCAGUUGGAGCACCUCAUCAGGCUCAGAACUCAUUAAUAGGCCGUGCGUGCGAAAGCUGCUAUGCAACACAGUCUCAUCAGUGGUAUUCUUGGGGUCCCCCCAACAUGCAGUGUAGGCUGUGUGCAACUUGUUGGGUUUAUUGGAAGAAAUAUGGGGGCCUGAAAAUGCCAACUCUGACAAAUGAAGACAAAUUUUCUUCUACUCAGACAGCAGAGGAUCCAUGUGUUAGAACGCACAUGUCACGACAGGCAACACAAGGAAUACCAGUCCGGAACACGGGCAGCCCAAAAUCUGCUGUGAAGACACGUCAGUCUUUCUUCCUUCAUACCACAUACUUGACUAAACUUGCCCGCCAGGUCUGCAGAAAUACCCUUCAAUUGAAACGGGCAGCAAGAAGACCUUUUGUCCUUAUUAACUGUGCUGCCAUUAGGGCAGAAUAUGCUGACAGACAUUGUGAAUUUGUUGAAAAUCCUUUGAAGAUUAAAAGUACUAGGAAAUCAUUAUCAUGUGUAAUUGGGUAUUUGGAGAUUCAUCCUGCCAUGAAGCCUAAUAUAAUCAAGUCAACACCCAGCCUUCAGAGUUCCAUGUCGAAGCGAAUGCUUGUGGCCCCGAGCCAUUCGGCAUUAAGUAUUUUGGGGAAAAGGAACUACAGCCACCAUCAUAAUGGCCUGGAUGGAUUAUCCAGUCAUACACACGGAACAAAAAUGUGCGGAAGCAGUUAGAAACCUUCUUACGAAAACGCCGUAAGCAGUUUAGCCGAUCACAGUUGAAAAGAGCUUGUAGGACUCCAUGCACUUUAAUUCUGAAGAAGACAAAAAACCAUAUGACUCACAAAGAGACCUAUGAUAAUGUGAGCAAUCAGUUUCAGUUGAAGAUACAGCAGUAGCAGCAAUGGUGAAAUCUGUUCAUUGAUUAUUUGCAAUGAGUUACACUAUACAUACACAGAAUAUUUUGUUCCUGUCAAAUAGAAGAUAAUUCCUUCUGUGAAGACAGUAAGGACAAUUUUGACCUGGUUCUUGCUUUGUUCAAAUUAGUCUUUCUUCCGAAUCCAAGGAAAAUCUGCAGACAGGUAUCCCAAGAUAUAAGGUGAUUUAUAUUAACAUUUUCAAUACAUGAAUAAUCAGAGUUGGUGGCUCAUUGAUGAAAAAAUGGGAGUGUAGUCUUUUCAUGGUAGAUUCCAAAGCCAACCCACCAUCUAUGAACUUAUGUGCUAGUAAGAAAAAUAAAGAGUAUCUCAUAGUGAAUCAUAUAAAUGACACAACAAUAUAAUCCAUCCUUACAUAUAUUCCUAAUACACCACUAGUUUUUGCCUUUUGAAAUUCUAUGUAAACUGUACUAUCCUGAACAUGAAGCACAAAUGCCAAAUUGCAUAGCCUUACCUUAAUUUUGGGAUUCCCAACCAGAGACGUGUUGUUUUUCAGAAGUGCCAAAUACACUAUAAUUGAAAGACAAAGAAAGAAGAUAUUCUGAAUUAGAUAUCUAAGCUGGUCUGGUUGAAUUAGGUAUCUAAGCAUCAUGCAUAACCACUCCUGACUGUGAUUUUCCAUCAAAUCCUAAAAAGAAGUAAUGCUUUAUUUUGGUGGCUUUUAGGGCUGACACCUGUAGGACUAAAUGUGAUUUCUUUCAUGAAAUGUAUAGCCUAUUUCUCUCAGUAUUUAUUGAUAACCCUACAUUGUCUUGAAAUGGAAGGAAUGCUUUUCAGACAAUCUUCCUCAAAUGUCACUCAGCGCAACAGUCACCAUUAUUAUUGUAAUUAAUUUUGUAACUAUUAUAAUACUCAGAAUUAAUAUCAUUCCUUUAAAAUAUUAAAAAAAAACAUUUCCUGGAUAAUAUUUCAAUAUUGCUUCUUGGAAAGUGGCAAUGCCUUUAUCUUUUUCAGAGAGUGGUUAAUGUGAGGACUAUUGGCUUCCUUGGUGUAGUAUCAUAGCUAAGAAUUCCCAUUUUCUUGUUAUUGGGAUGGAACAAUCUAAUAACUCCUCACAAAAAAGAGUGGGAAAAUUACCUUCUUACAGAAGAAACUUUUUGAUGUAAGUGCCAUUAAAUCUCCUGAAAGUUCAGCAAAGAAUGUGAUGAAGAGAAAGCACCGCUGUAAAUUAAUUAUUCCAUGAACAUACUUUAUCCAGUAGUGCUUAAAGUGUGAUUAAAGAGCAAAUACUUUUCUGCUCUGUAUUGACAAAUCUACAACUGUUCUGAAGGAUUUAGAACUUUUUAUUGGUUUUAAUAUGUGUUUGUUAAAGAUUAUGGAAUCAGGAAGAAUUUAAUUAAUGUACAAUUUUAAAAACUGAUGUUCUCAGGAAAUCUGGCAGCAUCCACACCUCGUUAUGCCAUUUGCUAUUUACUUAGCUACAUGUUUCUUCCUUAGAUUGAACAGGAUUUUUAUAACAUUAUUGUUUCUGCCAGACAAAUGCAAGCCAUCUUGGAGCCUUUGUUGAGAUAGGUAGUUGACAUCUUGCCAAGGCUAGGGAGUUCAAUGCCGACUAUCAGCUAUGUCUCCUGUUAUCAAGAGCUGUUUUCUAACUGCUAAAGUAUCCAUCCCACUCCAUAAAAACAACAUGAUGUACUAAUAUGAUGGUAUAAAUUCUUGACAGCUAACCCUGUGCCACUGUGCCACAACGAGCCAUUGUAACUUGGACACCUAUAACUUAAAAGUGUGAAAGUUUAUCAAGUGCUGUUGCGACUCUUUCAUCCACAUUAAUAACAUUCUGGUUUGUGAUGUGGUGUGUGGCAUAGUAGCUAAGAAACUGAGAAACAGCUCAGGAAGCUCCUGCUUUAAAUCUUACUGUGGCUAUGAGCUCACUAAGCAAGUAAGCUACUCUCUGUAUAAUAGUCUAGUAAGUUUUUUAUUUGUCCUUUCCUCCAAGGAGCUCUCUCUUAGCAUCAGCCCCGUCAUCUGCAUGAUGGUUUUUUUUCAAAGAUUCACUGUUAAUGUUAGCUUACCUAACAGGGUUAGUGUAAAAAUUACAAUAUGAUAAUACAUGCAAAGUGCUUGUUACACCUGGAAGUACUAUACAAAUAUUAACUGGUAGUAAUAAUUAUUACCCCUUAAAAGGAAAUACAUUUCUCAACAGUUGCAAAUGCUUCUAUAUUUCUCAACAGUUGCAAAUGCUUCAUAGAUUUGUGUCUAUGUGAGAGCUUGUAUAUUUUGAAUGGAAUCAAAAGGCGCGUUAGCAAAUACCACUUGGAAAAUGCAGAAGGUUCAAAUUAAUAAUUCUCUAGCCCAUUCCUUCGCCAAGAAAUAUAUUGAUACUCUUCUGAGGGAAUUUUAAAACAUUGAAUCAACUGAAAUAUUAGUUUCUACAUUAUUUGACCCAGUUAAUUUAUACCUAUUGACCUUGGAUUUUCCCUAUGAGGAACAUGGCAUAGCAAGAAACUUAAUCUGUGGGUCCUGUUUUCUGAUUUAAAUUAAUCCUCUGUAUAGAAAGUGCUGCAAAGUGGAAUGCAUGUGCUCAUGUGUACAGUAAAGGAAACUGUGAGAGCUUGGAAAGUUUGGUAAAGUGUAUGUACCUUCUACACAGAACAAAUACUGCUCGACACUCAUGUAAAUAGCUCCCUGUAUAAUAAAGCUUCAUUGUCACACAAA